CCCUGGCAGCAGAGUCUACAGAACUUGUUAAACUUGGAUCUACAUUAUGGUGAAGUGACAUAUCUUUGGCGAGAGUUGCUCUGGAAAACUGUAAAUAUUUACUAAACAUCAGUAUGUUUACCGGAGUUAGUUUACGCUUGAAUAGGAAGCAACAGAUGCAGUGGAAUCGUGGCACCACUGUGUGAAAGUGUCUCUUACUGCAUCUUUUCGGAGGCAAUAUUUUCCUCACACCUGCGAGAGAUGGGGAAAAGGAAAGAAAGCAGUUCCGACGAUGAAGGUGUAAUUGACAAUACACCAAUAAAGAAGCACAAGAAACACAAGCAUAAGAGGCAUAAGAAACGCAAAACUGCAGAAGAUGGUACAGAGUAUGAAGAUACUGAGCAGGCCAAAGCAGCAGCCUUCAGACUUAAAAUUAAGUUUCAGAAAGAAGCAGCUGAAAAGAAUGCAACGAAUGUGCAAGAAAAAUCUAAAGAUAAGUCGUCUCCUACGAAACCUGUCGAAAAACAAGGGUCUUCGCCGAAAGCAUCAAAAAAGAAGAGAGUCAAAGGAAAGGAAAGUGGAACGUCGAGUGAAGAGGAGAGGUGGUUAGACGCAAUAGAAUCUGGUAAGCUGGAAGAAGUUGAUGACGAACUGAAGAAAAUUAAGCCGAAGGAUCCCAAGUUGAUGACUGCAAGACAGAGGGCUAUGUUCGAGCGGAAAACCGAUAAAGAAUGUGGGCCUGAAUCUGAACAGCUGUUGGCGUUGCCUUCUGGAUAUAAAGAAAAGGUAAUGACAGCAGAAGCUAUUGAAAAGGCAGCAUUAAAAUCGAAAAAGCGAAAGCAGUUAGCAAACGAGAAGCGCGAGAAAGAUAAGAAAAAGACAAUGGAACGAUUAUUGAAGAAACAGGAAUCAAAAUCGGGAAAAGCAACUAUCAAGCACAGAACAGAACGUCAGCAAGGGCCAUGUGAGACCUAUUAUAAUGGAACGUUGGGUGUAGCACUAGCAAUGCCGCCUGGUGCAGACUUUCCUAUCAAACCUCAGAAAGCUCCAGCAGUGCCUGUUAUGAAGUACUGCGGCGUUUCAGGUUGUAAAAAUAUCAAGAAAUAUUCUUGUUCAAAAACAAAAGUACCACUUUGUAGUUUAGAGUGUUAUAAGCGUAACUUGGAGCUAUGGAUGUCAUGAACAUGCCCUACAUUUAAGGAACUGUUACAUUUGUGAAUUGUUAAUUAUUCAGAAAUUGCCCAAAGAGACUUGAGAAUUGUACAGGGUGCAAGACCGCUAGUGGGAAACAGCACAGUGCUAAAUUCGAUUGUGAUAAGAAUGGAAUUUAACACUAUGCUUGUAACAUACUUCGUGUCUUGCAAGCAGUUUUAUAUCCUUGUUUGGGCCUUCUGCAAAGACAAAUGAAGGUGAUGUUCAACUCAUCUGAAAGUUAUGCAGUUGGUAGAGCAUUAAAGUGCUGUGGGAACAUUCCAUGCUUUUGGGUGUGACACAGGUUUCCGGCAAUGUAAUAAGAUUAAAACAUCACAUAUCAUUUUUAUUAUUUUCUAGAACAUAGUGAACAGUUUUCCCACCACAGAAUUCACAGACAAAUGUGAGUUUGUGAUGGUUCCCCCACCUGAAAUGUUGGUCGCCGUGACAGACUGAUUUGUUGUGUAGUGCGAGAUCUAGGUUUGGUUGUAAGCUGCUAAGUAUUUCAGAGUUGUUUUGUUACAACUGAUGAGCCACACUUUUUCAGUUUCUGAUGACUUCAGUUGCCUGUUAAACUGAAUAGGUAAUUGCACCAAGUUUGUAAUAUACUAUAAACUUUUUACAACACGUAGAAAUAAAACAGAAAUAACAUUUUUCAAUAUGAAUGACAUUUAUAACAUUUUAGUAAUCUGACUGCUAUAAUCAGUAUUUCUUGUGGGUGUGUGAAGCAUGCAAAAAAUGAGUAACAUCAUGUCUUUAAAUUUUCAUGCAGCAACUGAAAUGUUACUGUGUCCGAAAUAGUGUUUGUUCACAUUACAAGUGCUGAUACUCUAAAAUUUUGAAUUUCUGAUUCUUGAUUAAUUGUUGAAACAAACCAUGCAUUUUCUUCUUAAUGUGACCUCCUUCACCAUCGCAGCUGUUCCUGCACUAGAAUCUAGAAGUUUUUAAUAUGUCUUCAACUUUCUACUAAAUAAUAGAAAGCACUUCUUCUGAAGUACAAUGAUAUUGUUAGUUUUGUUACAAUACUGCAACACUUCGUAAAAUGUUCAUGUUCAUAUGUGUGGUAUGAUCUUAAAUCCAUUCUAUAUGACAUUAAUGAUAGUUUCUUAGAUCUGGCAACGAACGAGUAGUCUUACGUCCUCUGUAGCAUCAGCACCAUUGUCAAGAUGCCUGAUUUAUUGGGUGGUGCACCCGACUUCUCAGAUCUGGGAUGUCAUAGCACAGAAUAACCUCCAGCCAACAGGUACUGCAGUGUGUGUCAAAAUUGCCAUUGUUGUCCCGCCUUGAAGACGGUGGAAUCCCUGCGUAUCAGUGUACAUACACAAACAAUGAAAAACUUCAAAACCCCAUAAUUAGCUAAUAAGAAUACUAUCACUGUGGCGAUCAUCAUUUCUUGGCUAAGUAGACAUUUGGUAACACUCCACUUUACCAAAAGUGAUAACUUACACCCCAGAACAUGAAUGCCGCUUUUAAUGUAGACAUUUUGAAAUCUGUUUUAUGGAAGGAGAAAUUACAACAAAUACUCAUAACACUUCAUAAAUGAUACAUAAUAUUUUCGUUGCCUGUUCAGGAAGAAAGUAAUAUUGUUCUUAUCUUUGUUGCGGUAGCUUGCUGACCACACAUUGUAAGGCACGUCACCGGAAUUUCACCCUUUCAACAUUACCUUGAUAUACAUAUAAAUUACAAUAAAUAUUUUCCUGUUUGCCACUUUGAACAUUGCAAUCUAUUUAUGUCGUUUAUCAUCACUUUCAAUAUAUGGAGAUAUUUUCGUUAAGUGAGAGUUGGUAGUCAUAGUACAUAUGAUUGUAUUUUAGCACUCUUAGUUUUGCUGGCUGAAUUUGGCUCCAAAGCCACAGCUUUUUCUAUUUCAGGCUGACAAGUAUGGUCAUUCAAUAGAUUGGAAUCUAUUUUGUUUGGAGCCCUCUAAUUGCUUCUACAGUCUCUUAUCUUUUCGAACAGAUCUCGCGUGAUUCUGAGACUGCUUCAGUUGGUACAAACAGGGUUGUUAGUAUUGUAUAUUUUCCCUUGCAUGUUGGAGUUAAUAAGUAUGUUAUAUAAUUGCAUUGUGUAAACAUAAAAUUUAGUGUGCAAAUAUAGUGAUUUGAAGUAUUUUACAUAUCUUGUACACUUAAGCUCCAUUUGCCAUUUGAAGAAAUUAUUCUGUGCUAUUCCUGAUUCAAUUUAUAAUAUUCGUUUGAAUUUAUCUUGGUAACUGAUGCCUGGUUUUAUCGGUACACUUCAGUUAAAAUCAUAUUUCUAUAAAUAUUAAUUGUUCAAAGAAAUCAAAUAGGUUGCGUAUUUAAUUUCAUAGAUGUGCCUUUUUUUAUUACUUUAAACUGAUGUGUAAAGAAUUUGAAGCGAAUAGGUAUAUGCAAAUAAAAUCAGAUGUAUUCCUUCCCUGUCAAGAACAGUUUUUACCCUACUUCUAGAAUAGUAAUUUUAUUUAUUUAUAAUCCAUUAUAAAAUUUUCCAUACAGUUACGACAAACGAGUAAUAGAUUUAUAACUAGAUUGAGGGCCUAUCCACAGAACUGCUCACUUUUGACAAAGUUAUUUGCACAAUAACAAUCCUAAUUUUUCAGAGAAAUUCUCUCCAAAAGAACAAUCCAGCAUUUAGUUGCAGCAAGGAGUAAUUAUUGACUACAUUUGAUGAUAAAAGUUUCCCAAUGAUGCGGGAAUUUCACAUCAGUAACUUCCCUGUCAGACAAACUUGGUCCUCUCACUGCAUUUCUAAAAUGAUUUUUAUUUCAUUAAAUACAAGAAUACACUUUUCCCUAAAGCUUUACGUUUAUCAGCGAUGAAAUUAAGUUCUCUGUAAGUGGGCAGUGAGAGGGCUUAGUGUUUUGCAUUAAAACAAAAAUUGUACAUACAUGUUCUUUCCUAUAAGCAAAGCGUCGUGUAUCAUAGUUUUUUAAAUGCUGUACAAGUAUGCAGUCUGAUGAAGGCUGAACAGACCUAUUAGUUUGUGUACUUAGUAUGUUUAAGUAAAGUAGAUUGAUGCAUAGAGAUGGAUUUGACCCUACUAUCAUUUCAUCUGAUUUGAGCCAAACAUGAAGAUAAUGACAUGUAUCCAAGGUAGUACACUAUUUGUCAACUAUUUCUUGAACCUUAAUAGUGCGAGGAGUGGAAGAAAUUAGACCUGUCCCUGCUGUGAGUAGAGGGUCAGUGUGGAGGGAGCAAGCUCCACUUGCUUCAUUCAGUUCAGUGACUAUUAUCUGUGUGCUUGUGAUAUGGUAACUUUCCCUUUCUGAAAAGUAAUCAAAGAUUUCACCUGCCAUGCACCAGAAAAUAUUCCUCCACUCAUUUAACCACAAGAACAUAGUGACUGCAAAGGCUAUAAAGUUGUUAUUGAACAUAGUAUUGUGUGAUUCCUAAGGUUGGCAGAGGCUAGAAACAAAAAUAGACUUAUCUGCAUUAGUGGAAUUAUUUAAUGCAGCUCACUGUAGUCAUAUUGUUAAAUGCCGCAUAAAACAAUGACUUGUUACAUUAUCUGCUAGAUUAUUUCAUAGUAUGAAUCAUGUGCUAUCACAAAUGUUGUAUUAUCAUUGCAAUUACAUGUUGCACGUAUUAAUAAAGACAAUGUACAUAUUACAGGGUAGUUUAUAGUGAUAAGAAUUAAUUUUAAGUUAACAAGCAUUGUCAGCAUUGUAAUCACAGUUUCAACAUAUAUUGAUCUCCAUAAAUUCAACAACUGAAGAUAAACAAUACCGAGCCAGUAUCCUUCUUUAUCCCCUACUCCUGAUCCUGCCAAUUAUGCAAUAUGCUGACUAUAGUCCUCACAUUGUCAUGAAAUUUAGUCAUUCACCAGCUUGGUGAAUGAAUGUAACCAUGUUGUAGGGCUGUAAUGGUGACGCAUGUGCAUUUUUAUGUAAUUGAAAUAGAUGGGCAUUCUUAUUUACAGAUUAAACUGUCUCUAAUGAUGAAGUUAGUAAA